AAGCUAGCUAGCAAAGUAAAUCAAUAUUCUGCAUGAAUGUUUACAUGUUUUGGACUUUAUCACCCUUACAAAUUUGUGAAAGACAUCGUGUUGCAUAUGCUACAGUGCAAACUAAACUAAAUCUAUGCGGGAGUUGUAGACUACUUCACUACGUCACUGCAUCCAGACAGUAAUGUCUGGUUAUCUUUGUUCAAGACUUUUCUUUCACUCUGGUAGAAGGCAACUGUCCAGUUCCUUUGCCAACAGCCAUGUUUUACCCAUACCAAUGUGUAAAGCCUUCCUGUUUCCCUCUCAUACUCGUGGCGUCUCCUCCCGUCGUGGUAGAACCGGACAGGAGGGAGAAACCACACUGGACUUCCCCCUAAACCGGCUCCAGAUUGAUGCUGUCCUGUGUGCCAAUGAACAAUCUGUUCAAAUUCCAGAGUUUGAUGGCCGUGGUGGUCCCAGUCCUGUCCUGAGGUUUGAGAGUAACCAGCUUGCAGCCAAUACUCCACUGGAAGAUCGCCGCAGUAGUGCCAGUUGCCUGCAGGCCCGCGGCAUGCUCUUCGGUGUGUUUGACGGACAUGGCGGUCAUGCGUGUGCUCAGGCAGUCAGCGAACGGCUGCCAUAUUACAUUUCUGUGGCGAUGAUGUCCGAAUCCGUCUUGGAGGAUCUGGAGGCGGCCAUGGAGACAGUAAGACCGGUGCCGCCUAUUCUGCAAUGGUACAAACAUCGUAAUGACUACAACUACAGAGAGUCUGCCGCUCUUUAUGUCAAUCAUUUGCGUGUUUACUGGCAGGAGCUUCUAGCGAGUGAAGAACACGGUGGUGGCAUGAGCCCUGCAGAUGCUCUCAGCCAUGCAUUCCAGCGUCUGGACACAGAUCUUUCCCUUGAGGCGCAGGUGCCGCUGGCAAAUGAUCUGAUGCGCAACACAGCAAUCCAGGCCGCCUUCGCCGGUUGCACUGCCUGUGUGGCACACGUAGGGCCAGAAGGUGUGCACAUUGCAAAUGCAGGAGACUGCCGUGCAAUAUUGGGAGUCCAAGAGGAUGACGGGAGCUGGAGUGCACUACCACUCACCCAGGACCACAACGCCACCAAUACAGCCGAAUUGGAGCGGGUUUGGUCCCAGCACCCGACUAGUGAGCGGCAAACCGUGAUCGUGGACGACAGGCUGCUCGGGGUCUUGAUGCCACUACGUGCAUUUGGAGAUGUUCGCUUUAAGUGGAGUCGCGAGCUACAGCAAAGUGUGCUGGACAGCGGAGAUUCGGAUUCAGAAGCGCUUAACCUUUAUCAGUAUGCCCCACCUAAUUAUCUUACUCCACCUUACUUAGAGGCCACACCAGAGGUUACCUACCAUCGCCUGAGACCACAGGACAGGUUUCUGAUCUUGGCCUCAGAUGGUCUUUGGGAUGAAAUAAACAACGAGGAGGCUGUAAGACUUGUGGCCGAACACCUAACAGGUAUUCACUUGCAGGCACCGAUCUCAGCCAGCCAGCUUAACCUGGGGCAAAUGCACCAGCUGUUGCUGCGCCGACAGGCCAUGGCAACACCGGCACUGGAUCUGAACGCAGCCACACACUUGAUUCGCCAUGCGCUGGGCACAAACGACUAUGGAGAGAUGGACCAAGAGAGGUUGGCAACCAUGCUGGCACUGCCGAGUGACCUGGCACGCAUGUACCGUGAUGACAUCACCGUCACAGUGAUUUACCUUAACCCAAACUUUAACAAAACAUCUCAUAAUAAAUAAUUCAAGGCAACUUUUUCAGUUGAAGGCAAGACAUUGUGUUUCAAGAAUGCUGUGAAGAUUUUAUAAUGUGUUUAUUUAACUCUUAGUAGCAGUUUCAUCCAGUGCUUGCAUAUGCUAGCCUUGUGUUUUGGAGAAAGUGAAUACAAGCAACUAGAUUCACUAUCAAUGUCCAAGGUCACAGAAUGUGAAGGUAAAUAUAGAUCUGUAUGUGUAAAUGUGUCCAGUUGACCAAACCAGUUCAUGUUCUUGUUUGUUUUGCGUCCUUAUACAUAAUCUUUUAAUGUCUGUGAUGACAGUGUACAUUUAUAAAACUUUAUAUGUUUUGACUGCUUUGAAAACAAAGUAUAAUAAUUGUGCGUAAUGCCUUAGCUAUCACUGUACUACUUUAUAUUGUUUGUGAAGGACCAGUUCGGGGAUGUGGUCAUUUGAGUGUGCUGUAUGUUUCAUAAAGGUAGAAUCAUGAACAUUCAGUUAUUUUAACACUUGAUUUCUACUAUGCAUUUUUGUUUCAUUACACAUUUUUUUUUAAAUUAUGCAUUAUAUAAUCAGUUAUUGUGUAGUCUGAAGUUUACAAUCAUUCCAGUACACAUGACUCUUUGCUUUAGCCUUUUUUUGUGUCCUUGUCUGUUUGAUAAAUUUAAAUGGGCUUUUUUGUGGCUUUUACAAUGAAGAUGUUUUGCUUUUGCACUUUGUAGAGAUUCAGGUUGUGUCAUAGGACCACAAUAAUGCUUGUCAAUGGUUAAACUAAAUAGUUGCAAAGUGUAAAGGUCAUAGAGCCAGUUUUAUGGAAGGUUUUAGCACUAGUUACACUUUUGGUAGAGAUUUUGAAGUAACAAAAUAUAAAAAACUUUUUUAAAGAAUUGUGUAAAUAUAUAAACUUGUUUGCUAAUCUGUUAUUUGUUACAAUGUCACAAGAGAGUGUCUUUUCUGUUGUAACAUUAAUUUCCUAUCUUGUUCUGUGGUCUAUAUUCAACCUCUGGCUAUUAAAAUGUUUUAUCCAGA